ACAAGCACGAGGUUUUUACAACGUGAUGCGUAACGUUAGUUAAAUAUGGAAAAACCCAUAAACGGAGGUGUGAUUAGAUAAAAUCUAGCCCAGGGAGGUAUUUGUACCUGGACACCAGGCUAUCACCCCCUUAUUAAAAGACUGCUUCGAGGCUUGCAGCUGAACCAGGAAGUGAAUACAAGAGGGGCCGACCAGCACCUGAUGUCAGAGUGAUGUCUCUCGUCUGCACCCUCCAGGACCACACCGAUGAUGUGAACUGGUGCGCGUUCUCCCGGAACCUGCUGGCGACCUGCUCCACGGAUAAAACCGUUCGGAUCUACUCGAUCCCCGACUUCUCGGAGCUCGCAUUCUCCCCUCUCACCGGCCACGGCUAUGUGGUCCAUUGCUGCUGUUUCAGCGCCUGCGGGCAGUACCUCGCGUCCUGCUCCACGGACGGCACUACGAUCAUCUGGAGCAUGGACACCGGUGAGAUGAUGAGCGCCUUAGCGCAUCCCGGCCGCAGUCCGGUCAGAGUUUGCGCUUUCUCGCCUGACUCCGCCUGUUUGGUCUCCGCCGCUUCCGCUGGGACGUUUGCCCUGUGGGACUUCCGCUCUAGAACACUGCGCAGAACAGGGGCAGUGGCUGAGGCCUCGGUUGUAGCCUGCUCCUUCAGCCCCUGUGGUCAGGUGUUCGUCACGGGUUCCACCUGCGGGGACAUACGAGUCUGGGACCUGGAGGCGAAUCAGCUUCAGGCUGUGAAGAAUGCUCAUGACCUCGGGGUGACCUGCUGCCACUUUGCCUCCCAGAUUCAGAGGGAGGGAGAGUGGAUGAAGUUUCAGUUGGCCUCCUGUGGACAGGAUAGCCUACUGAAGAUAUGGAGUGUCUCUUGGCUAGCUACAGCAGGCUGCAAGGUGCGGCUGCUGCACUCUCUCAGAGGACAGUCCGCCCCGGUGCUCUCCUGCGCCUUCUCCGCUGACGGACAGCAGGUCGUCUCAGGCUCAGUGGAUAAAACUGUCACAAUUUACAGUGCUAACCAGGGAGUCCUGCUCUAUACUCUGAACCAGCAUGAAAGAUACGUCACGGCGUGUGCCUUUGCGCCGACGGCGUCCCUUAUUGCCACAGGCUCCAUGGACAAGACAGUGAACAUCUGGAGAGUGGAGGGUGGAAGUGGAGUAGAAGGUAAUGAAGGAGAAGCCUCGCCUGAUGAAACCACAGCUGCCUCCGUGUGCCAAGGGGGGAAGCGGCAGCCGGGUCACCUGAGGCUGCUGGUUGGUGACUGGUCGGAGGACGACAUCUCGGCCUGGCUGUGUGAGGAGGGGCUGGAGCCGCUGGUCGGGACGUUCAAGGACAACAACAUCGACGGCUCGGAGCUCAUCCACCUCAGCAAGGACACCCUGGCCACAGAGCUCGGCAUUGAAUCGGUUGGUCUUCGGAAUAAACUCAUCAGGAAGAUCGAGGAGCUGAAGACGACACUGGUUUCUUCAGAUGUCCCAGAUGAGUUCCUGUGUCCAAUCAAUAGAGAGAUUAUGAAAGAUCCAGUCAUUGCAGCAGAUGGCUUUUCCUACGAGAGAGAGGCAAUCGAAAGCUGGAUUAACUCCAAGAAUCGCUCCAGCCCCAUGACAAAUCUACCUUUACAAACAACUAUAGUCACUCCAAACAGAACCCUAAAGAUGGCUAUUGGUCGCUGGAAAAGCAGUCAGCGGUGAGCUAUGCACAUAUUACACAAUAUAGCACUGUUCACCACAAACAUACCAUAAAACUAAAAUUAUUAAUAACAGAAGACUUUUCCCCUUGUUUCUGUCUUUCCUUGAAGAGCACUGUAUCUAAGCGAAAGUCCAUGCAAUGACAUCCACCAGAUGGGACUGUUUUCCAUUGGGAUUUUAUUUUCCCAUUGUUGGUAUGGCAGUAAUGUUCUAUUACAGUAUGUGAUAACAGGUAAUACAGCUCACAAUACUGAAAACAUGUCAACAAUUGCAAAUAACAUACAUAUUAAAAUAUAAUCAAUGCCCCACCCCCCAAAAACCUCUUUAUUUAUACAGUUUUUAUAUUCUUUGUUAUAAACCGUAACUGUAGCAUGCACUUAAAACAAAAUUAUCUCAAGGCUUAUUGAAAUCUGAAAACGCCUUAACAGCUGUGCAAAAAUAACUAUAUAAAAUAUAUUGCUUUUACAACUGACCAAGCCAUAGGAGCUGUAAAUAAAUUAACCUAGACAGCAACAAUAAUCAGAUACAGAAAGGAUUUAGUUAAACAUUA